AUGGCUGAGUCGACUCCGACUUUGACCUCCUCCUCGACGUCGUCUUCGUCCUCGUCGUCCUAUCUCAGAUACUCCACUGUCACGGGGUAUUUCCUGCAAGACGAGCCGGACACGGAUCCAAGUACCUUCGAUUAUGCGGCCACCAACUUCGGGCUCAUCAAUCGCACAUACGAUACAGACGCAGAGUUCGACCCCCACGGCGAAAAAACGCAAUGGGAGCGUUUCGAGUACAAAGUCCGCUCGCUGAACCGCGAGGCGGACGACAAAACGCAGUACAAAGUCCUGUUUAUGGGUCGUCAUGGACAGGGAUACCACAAUGUGGCGGAGAGUUUCUAUGGGACUGAAGCUUGGGAUUGCUACUGGUCCCUCCAGGACGGAAACGACACAGUGACCUGGGUCGAUGCCCGUCUGACGGACGUCGGCCAGGAACAGGCCAGAGUCGCUCACGCUACCUGGCGGAAGCAGAUAGAGAACAAGAUCCCGUUUCCGGAGUCGUUUUACGUCAGUCCGUUGAAUAGAUGUCUGCAGACGGCGAGUAUUACGUUUGAGGGGCUCGAUGUGCCUGUCGUCAAGCCUUUUCGUCCGGUUGUUAAGGAGCUCCUCCGCGAAACCCUCGGAAUCCACACCUGCGACCGCCGCUCCACCAAAUCCUCCAUCCAAGCCGAAUACCCUCUGUACCGCAUCGAAGCCGGCUUCGCCGAAACAGACCCCCUCUGGGACCCUUACCUACGCGAGUCCGACUCGGCGCGCGCCGCCCGUCUCCGCCGGUUCCUCGACGACGUCUUUUCGAACGACCCCGCCGUGUUUGUCUCGUUCACGGCGCAUUCUGGUGCGAUCACUAGCAUUCUGGAUGUUGUGGGUCAUCGGCCGUUUGCCCUCGCGACGGGCGCGGUUAUCCCUGUGCUUGUUAGGGCGGAGCGUGUUGUGGGUGAGGAGGAGCCGCCGAUGAGGAUUGAUCCGCCGGAGCCGGCGCCGAGGUGUGAUGUUGAUCCUGCUCCUCCUGAUCCUCCUGCUGGGGCGGCUGCUGCUGCUGGUAGUGGUACUGGUAGUGGUAGUAUUGAUGAUUUUCGCGCGGUUGGGAUUGCUGCGAAGGGGUAG